CCCAACACAUCACACACUGAUGCAGCAUUUCUCAACUGCGUCCACUUCAACCUGCGAGACCGUUCAAUAUAUGAACUGGACAUAGACGGGCAAAAGAAGAAGAAAAUGGAAACUUAUGAUGGCGUAUGAAACGGUUUGUAAGCUCGCACAGCCUGCUUAUGGUGAAAUGCAUCAGAUCGGACCAGUCAUGCUGAAAAGCUUCACGGAUUAUGAGCAUUGUUUUUUGAUGCAUGUUUCUCAGUUCUGUCAGAAUGUUUUCGAAAGGGAAACGCGAUGUGAAAUAUGAACGACUAGAGAGUGAAUCAGAAGCAAAGCCUUCUAAGAAGAAGAUCUGUGCAUUGAAGAUCUUUUAUUUUUAUUGCUUAUUAUUUGCGCUUUUCUUUAUUGUCUUAAUUUACGUACAAGAUUCCUCCGAAGCACCUUAUGCCAAACCAGAAGACUCUGACCUGCCAACUCAUCCUUUACCAAUCCUCCAAACACCACACAUCUACACAUCCGCCAGUCCUCCGUCUCCAAAGGCGUGUGGUGUUCAAGUGAAGGAUGGGCCUGUGGUUAAAGUCGGGCAUCUUAACACAUACGUGAUCGGCUCUUACUUGGAGCAUCGUUUUGGUAAGAAACAGAUAAAGACGAUUGCCAUUGUUCUUCGACGUGAGCAGGCGACGUUCAGUUGUGUGAUGUGCUGCGAUGGGACGACCGUGAGGUUACCAGCUGAAUGCUCAAUUCAUGACGACCACUUUAACUUUGAAUAUGGCGCCGCUACUAUCACGUGCACAAUCAAAAGCACGUGUUUGACACCGACGCAUGUUGCAAUCACAGCAAGUGGCGUCUCAGGGAGCCUAACAUCCUUCCAACCUAUUAGAAACAGAGACGUUCCAACAGCCUUCCCGUAUGAGUUCACAAUCUGCAUCUCUGUCAUGUACGACUACAAGAGUGUGCUGAAUCUAGUCCAGUCCAUGGAGAUGUUCAGACUGCUUGGCGCUCAAAGGGUGGUGAUAUAUAAAACCAACUGCGAUUCACACACACAGAAGGUUCUGGACUAUUAUGAGAAAAAAGGUUUCGUGGAGAUCAUUCCGUGGACGAUUAAAAAGCACAUUAAAGUGUCUCGCGGCUGGAAUAUAAAUAAGUCGCCAGGUCAGCUGCAGUAUUAUGGGCAGAUCCCUGCGCUUAAUGACUGUGUUUAUCGUUACAUGUACCAAAGUCGCUAUGUGGCUCUACAUGACUUGGAUGAGCUCAUUCUGCCUUUAAAACUGAAAUCCUGGACGGAGCUGUUGCCUGGGCUUGAGAUCAUGUACAGUUCUUAUGUGGGCUUUGAGUUUGAGAAUAACCAGUUCCCGUUCACCGCAAAGGCUCAUGCGGGUUAUGAGCAAGACAAAUGGAAAAACAUACAGGGAGUGAAUAUUUUAAAUUAUAUCGAUCGAGUACCCAACCUCCCUAAUACAUUCAACAAUUACAAGAUUAUAGUAAAUCCUCGGCUGGUUUUGAAGGCUACUGUCCAUGGCUUGCUGGAAAGUGUGAACAGAAGCUCCACGGUCCGAGUGAACAACUCCGUCGUUCGCAUGUACCACUUUAAAAACUUUACAUACCCACCCAACACAAAGCUUGUAAGAGAUUAUCAUCUCUGGGACUAUGCCAAUGAUCUUAUACCGGCUGUUUAUAAAGUUCUACAGGCCUCUGGACUCAUUGAGGCCUAGAUUGUAAAGAUUCAUAGCGUUGCUAUGCUCAAAUUAUUGUAAUGAAGGACUGUGUGUCACUGGUCUGAGGGCUUUAGGGUUUAUAUGAUAACAAAUGCACAGCAGUUUGCAUUAUCAAGCAGCAUAACAAGGUAUUCUGCACAGCCAAUAUAACUGUAAGCAGACACUGGACACUGGAAGCUGUGCACAUUACAUUUAUGUACUUUUUUAAUAAUAGAUAGAACUGUGCUUCCUGGGAGUGGGUGGAGAUAAAGAGCACUGCUGUUGGCAUGUUUUACUUGUUCGGCUCUCUGAUUGGUGGAAUUUUCUGUACAGCAUUGUGGGUAA